AUGUCAAGGCAAAGUGUUAUGAUCAACCAAGUGAAACCACAAGUUGGUGGAAGAAGGUCAAGGUGGACUGCGCUCAUUCAAGUGGUUGAAAGGUCUAAAAUUCAACAAACUCGCUCCGGAAAGACAAAUGAGAUAAGAAGAUAUGUAUUUACUCAUGAGGAGGGGACAAAGGUUGGUGCUGCCAUUUUUGACAACGAUAUCCGCUACUUUGAUGAUCUUCUUAUAUCGUGUAACCGAUAUUGGAUCUCAAAUGCCUUUGUCAACCGAGUUGAUGAGAACUAUAAAAUCAGUGUUUACCCGUAUUCAUGGUUUAUAAACAACAGCACCUUGGUUGAGCCACAUGAUGAACCAAUACCGCCUUCUUUGCCAUUCAAUAUAGACACAGCAACUAUGUCAGACAUACAAAAAUAUGCUGAUUCUGAUACUUCUAUUACUUUUGAAGCAUUGGUUAUUCAAGUGUUACCCCCAAAAACUCAAGGAAAAAACAACACCACUUCAAGAGACAUUGUUGUAAUCAAUCAAGAGUACCAAACGAACAAAGAAGAGAUAAUUGGAAUGAUAGAAGGUCAAGCAUACAAGAACACAGAUAUUUUACUCCCUCGACCUUUGGAGCAAACAAUUUCAACAAUCAACCAAGCAUUGAGCCUUUUCAACAAAAAGUUCUAUACAGCAUGGGUAAAAGUCAAAACAACCUUAGCUCCUUCUCAAUCCGCUUUCUGGUUUGCCACAUGCAAUAACUGCCAAAAGUCAAUCAAUGGCGAUGUUGGUCGAAAUAUUAAAUGCAUAUCGUGCAACCAAAAUGUUAAGCUGGAGGCCAGAACUAGAAUUCUGCUAGAAUUGACAGACUCAACAGGCACAAUCAUGGCAUCUGUCCUUGCAACAGAAGCUGAAAAACUCAUCGGCGUUAGUGCUGAGGCUUUGAGAACUGGAGAAGAUCAGGAUAUUGACCUCAGUACAACUAUUCAAAAUGCUCUAAAGCAACACACCAUUGUUGCAUUCCUCAGAAAAUACGAUAGUACAUUCCAGGGACGUGCCUCAGAAAAAUAUAGUAUUGUAAUAUCAUACUUAAUCCAAGAUCUUCUCAUGAAUGAAACACCCCAAAGGAAAGCAUUACCAUUUGAAGAGAUAACCUCAGAAGGACAUACGGAAAUGACAGUGCCAACACCUACAGCAAAACGGAGUAUCGACUCAGCAAGCCCAAUGGAGGAUAUCAAUCCUAGCCCCCAGAAGAAGCUUGAAAAGCUCGAUUAA